GUGGCGGCGGGUUUGAGGUGCGGCGGGAGCCGGGACCGGGGACGCUGACAGGGACACGGACACCGACGCGGACACCGACAGGGACGGCGACACGAGUCGCCGGAGCUUGGGUCACUGCCGCCAGGCUCCGGACGGCAUUUAACAGCAUAGUUGUUGGAAACAAGAAUCUGGUCAAUAUGAGCUGGGCUGUGGAGGAAUGGAAAGAAGGCCUCUCCCCCAGAGUCCUUCAGAAGAUCCAUGAGCUGGAAAGUCAAGUCGAUAAGCUUAAAAAGGAGCGCCAGCAAAGACAAUACCAGUUAGAGACUUUGGAGGCAGCUUUGCAAAAACAGAAACAAAAGGUUGAAAAUGAAAAAAAUGAGUCUGCAAUACUAAAAAGAGAAAACCAGAGCUUGAUGGAAUUGUGUGAUAAUCUUGAGAAAGCAAAGCAGAAAAUUUCACAUGAUCUUCAAGUAAAAGAAUCUCAGGUCAACAUUCAGUCAGGUCAGCUGAAUUCCAGCAAGAAAGACAUUGAAAGGCUAGAACAAGAACUGAAAAGAUACAAAUGUGAGCUAGAGAGGAGUCAGCAAACAUCGACUGCAGGAGAUGUAUCACUCAGUGGCACUCCACAGCAAAGUUUUACUGCUCCUUUAACACCAGUUCAAAGUAAUAAUGGUGCUAAGUUUGAAGAGCUAGAAGAAAAAUACAAGAAAAAAGUACAAGAAAAUAAAGAACUAGAAUUACAGCUGAGAACCAUCCAGCUUAAGAAAAUAAAUCAGCCUCAUUCUCAAAGCUCUCUGAGUCACAGAGAGAUUGCUCGGCAUCAGGCUUCCUCAUCUGUGUUUUCAUGGCAACAAGAAAAGACACCAUCUAGAAAUCGAGAAACACCUGCAAGGGGAAGUUCUGCAGCAUCCUCUUUUCUAGGGGAAAAAGAAACGAAUUCUAGUAUAAUAUCAGAGAAGAAUGAGUUUGACAACAGCUUUUUUGAGAAUUGUAAUUCUUCGCUCGUGAUUCAGCUAAAAGCACAGAACCAAGAGCUAAAUUCCACUAUUAAAGACCUUGAACAACAACUGCAAGCUCAAGAAAAAGUGAACAGAUCCCAUGUGAAUAAACAUCAAGAGACUGAACUGGAGCUGGACAGAAUGAAGUUAGAAUUAACAGAGAAGGAUAAAGCUCUGAACAAAACCAGAGAUAAACUGACUCAAAUGAGAACACAACUGGAUCAAGCUACCACACAGGUCCAAAUGAUGGAGCAAAAGGUGAAAAGAUUGUCAGAAGAACUGAACUGCCAAAGACAAAAUGCUGAGAGUGUUUGUCAGUCUUUAGAACAGAAAAUAAAGGCAAAGGAAAAGGAAUACCAACAG